GCGCUGACUUGCGGGAGGAAGGUCCCACGAGCUCCAAAGCGAGCGCUUCGGACCCUGGAAGGCCAUGGCUGGCAGAGAAGGCGCUGCGGUGCAUGAAGCAUGAAUCCGCAGGCUUCGCCACGGUGGACCCCUUCUCUGUGUACGGCGCCGCGCUGGCGCUGCCGCAGCUGGCGCGCAGUGCUGGUUGGACGAUCUCCUACACAGCCCUGGCCAUGCGCGGCCUGCUUUUCAUGAUCACCAACAAUUUGCUGCAAGGCUUCCUUCUGUACAUGAUCAGCAAGGAGGAGCGCAUCAUCAACAAAUUCGGGACCCAGAUGUUUUUGUGCGACUUCGCCGCGCACCUGGAGCGCUGCCCCGAUGCCCCGAACUGCGUGGGGCCGGGAGGCACCACCAUCACCACGGCACGCCUGUAUCCCUUCGACCUGUGGUCUACGAGGACCUUUGUGCGAGACUCGUUGGCCGCGCUCUUUCCAGAGAAGAGAGACGAGAUCAUGGAGAAUGUCGACCCGGGCGAGUACGGGGUGGAGAGCUAUUGGCUGCGCCUGGUCUGCUGCUUUCUCUUCGUCUUGGGUCUUUGGCAUGAUCUCGCAGGCAGCUGGGAUAUGAUGGACCUCUUAUGGUGCGUGCCCACUUCCCCGGAUCGCUGGAUAGCCCCUGGCACUUCUUCCAAAGCUGAGGAGGAGGAGCCGAGCCCGAACACCUCGAUGUAUCUGCACGAGAAAGUGGAGGUGGACUUUGUACAGUUCCGUGUGGCUGGCAUGCCGCUGCACUGGAAGCUCUUCAACUUCUUCUUCCUGCUGUGCCCAAAGAUAUAUCUCUGGCUGUUGACAGUGGAUAUUGGCAUUAUCUUUCUCAUGGAAACCUCGGAGAUUGAAGACAUGAUCAUCAAUUGCGUUGCUCUGGGCUUCAUUCUGCAGAUCGAUGAGCUCAUGAUGAGCAUCAUGCCCCCGGAAUGUGGGAAGAUGCUGGAGUGCAUGAGGGGCUAUGCCAAAGAGAAUCGCCCUUCGCUGCACGUCCUGGAGGAGGAUGAGAUACGACAGCACAAAGAAGCCAGGUCGUGGCACAUCUGGACGCCCAGCCUGUGGAUGGCCCUGGUGCCGCGGCGGCUGGUGGCCAUGGUGGGCAUGGCCGCCUUCUUCGUGGCCAAGUACUACGUGGAGCACUGCGUCAUGAGGGAGGACGGCAGCCUGGUCUCCAAGCCAUUGCGCCUGCCUGAGGAAGGCAGCCUGCCGUUGAUCACCUUCUUCUUCGGGCCGCUGCCCAUGCUCUUCCCCAUCGAAGCGGAGGAUUCCCCGGUCUGGGAGAUGCCCGACAACUGA